UGCGGACUGAAACAGAUUGUAAGACUCUACGGGUCGCAAUGGCUACUACACCGCAAGGACAACAAGUUUUGCUUUUCAGUUAAAAAAGUCCUUUAUGAGGAACAUACUUGACGGCUUUGACGAAACCACACUUUCUAAUGUGAGACACUCGUUGGACGACAUAAAAAUGUCACAGGGAUGUAUAACUACUGUGGAGGAGAUCCAGUCUUGGUGGGAAGUCCCCGCCAUAGCGCACUUCUGCUCACUCUUCAGGACGGCGUUUAAUUUACCAGACUUUGAAAUUGAGGAACUCGAGCAAGCACUACUGAAUCAAGACCAAAACUUUCUCUCAGACCUCCUCUGUUCCCUGCUCCAAGGAUGUUAUCAGCGCAGAGACAUCACGAUCGAGUCUUUUAGCAGUUACCUGGAAGACAUUAUCAAUUACCGUUGGGAACUGGAAGAAGGCAAGCCCAACCCACUGAAGGAGCACUCAUUUGAGGUGCUACCACCUCGCACACAGGUGGAGCUCUUGCACAGACUCUGUGACUAUCGUCUUGAUGCUGCUGAUGUCUUCGAUCGGCUUAAGGGCUUGGAUGCUGACAGUUUACGUGUUGAGCCUUUCGGGCAAGACGGGACCGGAGCCCUCUACUGGUACUUUUAUGGUACACGGCUGUACAAAGAGGAGCCAAUCCAAACACUGUCUUCACAAUACAGUGAGACGUAUGUGCCUGAGAAAAAAAGAAGAGGGAGGCCACCAAAGAAGAAGCUUGAGGAUAUACUGUCAACGGAGGAGGCAGAGGAGGAGGAGGAAGAGAGAGAGGAGUCUGUGAAGGGAGAUGAUGAGAGCAUUGAAGAGUUUAAAUAUGAUAAAGAGCAACCCCGUGGGGCCUGGUCUCUGGCGUGUGACACAGAGGAGCAAUGGACUAGUCUGGCCGAGAGUAUUAAAGACAAAAUCUCCCCCCAGGACCGGCACCUGCACCGCAUCAUCACUCAGAACUUCCUGCCCGAGAUCAGUAACAUGAUCGAGCACAAGGAGAAAGAGAUGAAACAGAAGCUACUGAAUUCCCAACUGGAACGUGAUGGCUACACUGUGCAAAACAGCCAGGAGAAUGCGACCAAUGGUACAAAUGAGAUGGACCAAAAGCAGAGAGAGGAAGACCUGCAUAGGCAAGCGCUUCUCGCUGAGCAACGGCAUGAAGAAGAGAGGCUGCUCCAGGAGGAACGGGAGAGAGAGGAACAAGAGAGAGUUAAAGCUGCAGAGGAGCGUGCACGUAGAAGAAAGCAGCGAGAAGAAAAGGCUUGGUUGCUCUCCCAAGGGAAAGACCUUCCUCCUGAGUUGCUUAAUAUUGAGACUGAUUCACCUGUUCGCAGAGCACGCCGCACUAAAGCGUUUUAUGAGAUAGAUGAUGAUUACACCGGUCUCUACAAAGUGUUAGAUGCCCUCAAAGCUCACAAAGAUGCUUGGCCAUUUUUGGAGCCUGUUGAUGAAUCUUACGCCCCCAACUAUAAUGAAAUAAUACAGACUCCAAUGGACCUGUCCACUAUUGAGAAAAAACUGAAUGAUGGGGAAUAUAUGGCCAAGGAUGAGUUUGUGGCGGAUGUAAAACUAAUGUUUGAGAACUGUCUGGAGUACAAUGGAGAGGAGAGUGAAUACACAGUAAUGGCCGAGUCGUUGGAACGCUGCUUUAGCCGAGCCUUACUGAAGCAUUUUCCCUCUGAGGAUGGCGAUACAGAUGAGGAGUUUCAUGUGAGCAGUGAAGACCGUGACUGUAAGAAGAAAAAGAACAAAAGUCAUAGACAGUCUGGACCCGAUAGCUUGAUCAGAGCUGCAGAACAAGCUCAAAAACGAAAAUCUACCAGCAAUGGCAAAGGAAAUGAUCUAAACCAAGACCAAGUCAGAUUUGCUUUACAACCCCCUCCUUCACACUACAGCAAUGGCCCAGCCUAUCACCACAACAUGCAUCCAGGACAUCAACAGGCUGGAAUAUUACAUCCAGCUCAGCAGUUUCAACGGCCUUCCGGUCCUCCAGGUAUGUAUCCGCAGCGUAUGAUGAUUGACCCUCAGUACCCAUACCCUGGGCAAAGACACCUUAUGCCCAGGCCACCAGGGGAUCAUGGAGCUCCGCAUAUGCCGCACUACAACAUGCAGAGUUCGCACAUAAAUGGGCCACAUCUUGGCCCCAGAUACACAUUAGGACCUGAAGUCCGACCACAACCUCCACAUCAGCAGCAUUCCUAUCCUGGACCCACUCAUGGCCCUUCCCUGGGUCCCAGGCCAGUGGCCGGUCAGCCUGGGGGCUUCUGUGCCCCUCCACCUGAGGGCAACAUGUACCCUUCACGCCAACAAUCAGAUGGACAACAAAUGCAGCCUUUGGGGAACAGGUACCCUAUGCCUGGUGUCCCAAUGCAUAAUUCUUACCCUCCGUAUGGCCCUCAUGGCAUGAGCAUGCAAAGGAUGUGGCCACCUAUCAAUCACCAAGGACAGCAGCAGACAUCAGGUGGUCCAAUGGUGCAAGAACAGAGCAUAACUAACCAGCAUCCAUACAAUCAUAGCAUGAUCCGUCCUCCACACAGUUCUGGUUAUGCAAUGGCAAACAAUCAGUAUAGAAUGCCCCCUGUGAAUUCUCAAAGACCACCAGGGGCCCCUCAAGACUCAAGGCCACAUUUGGCAUCCAUGCUUGAUAGUCCAGAGAUGCUUGCUCUUCAGCAGCUCUCUGCCUCAUCUUCCCAUCAUGUUGCAAGCUUCCAGCCAACCCCACAAAGUGGUGGCAACACUUCGAUUUGCGCUGCUCAGGCGUCUCCUGAAAGCAAACUCCUCAGUCCUAGGGAUGGUGUAACAGACAACCAGCACACAGCAAUAUCCCCCAAAGGUUCAAGUCCAAAAUCAGCUGAUCAAUUGUCAACUGGGGAGAUAUCUACUGUGACUGAGCCAGACAGUCGUCCUUAUCUCAAUCAAACAGAAAAGUCUGACCAACCUAAUAACCUACUGCAGAACCCACCUCUACCAGACUGGAGCAGAUCACCACAGAACCAAACUUCACCAGGUACCGCUUCUUCAUCAGUGUUCAGUCCAUGCACGGAAGGUUCUGAUCCGAAUAAACACAAGUCAAGUUUAGAGAUUUCUGAGAACAGCGACCAACCUAAUUCUCAAAAUACAACCCAACUGGCACACCAGAAGCAAAAUCCUGGGGAGGAUUCUUCAAAGGUUUCCAUAAGUGGUCCUCGGCAAGUGCCCCAGAAAACCCCAGAUGAAUUAUCCCAGCACCCUUCUCAACAAAUACAUCCAAAUGUUCAACCACAGUUUAUUCAGAAUGGCUCUCAACGGCAUGUUCCUCCACACAUGUUACAGAGUCUUCCUCCACAAGUAUUGCAGAAUAUAUCUCAGCAGCAGUUCCAUCCAAAUGGCGCACACCAAUUACUUCAAAAUGGACCUGUCAGAGGCCCACAGCCAGGGCCUCUCCAUGGAAUGCCACAGAUACCAUCUCAGGAGGGGCAACCUGGUGUUCAUCAGCCUGCAACCAUCUGUUCUCUGCCUCCUAGCCAUCCUGUAUCGCAUCCACUUGCUCAGCCCUCUCCAGCUGAUCAAGGGGACCAAAGGCCUUGUGAGCCAACCAGUAGAUUAUCAGGUGGUAGCACAGCUUCCCAAGAUAGCACCAAUGCUAACAUAAGAACUGAUCCUGCCAACAGCCUUUACAAACAACAACCCUUCAGUCCAGAGUCACAAACUCCGCUUGGAAGGCAGGGGCCGGGACCACUUCAAAAUCAGACACCUCCUACAGUCUCCCAGGGUUCAGAGAGCAACACCAUGGCCCAAUAUAGUGCAAGUGAGUCAACAAAUCAACACUUUGGCCCACAGAUAGGUAGACCAUUACACCCCUCAAAUCCCCACUCUUACCCAAACCAAGGAUCUACAUCACAGACUACUAACAAUCAUCCAAAUCCUCCCCACUAUGCUGCUUAUCCUCAGCAAGGUGUUCCAUACCAGUAUCGCAUGGCCACACAGCACCCUCAGGGCCACCCCAACAUGUAUCCUCAGUACCAGCAGCAGCAGUUUUAUCAGCAUCACAGGCAUGCCAGACCUAGAUUUCCUGCUGAGGAGUGGUCCAGGCCUUCAUUUCAGCCUCAACACCCAGUGAUGCCUAAUUCUUAUCCGUCACCAUCAGCUGGCACUGUUAAUGGUAGGCAGAAGGACAACACAAUGUCUCCUCAGGGAUCCGAUGGAUCUGGUGGGUGCUUAAUGUCACCAAGUUCUUUACCUGAUGGGUCGCAUAUCAGCACAUUAGAAAACAGAGAGAAUGGCAGCCCUGCCAAGCAGGCAAGAACCGAAGAGCCUUCUCAACGUUCUGAGAGCCCAAAGGAGAUUUUGGACUUGGACAGUCACAAUGCUGCAGCCCGACAUCAUACUUCAGCUCUGCCACCCCACAAUUUUCCAUAUGGCCCCCGUGGCAUGCAUCCCAGCAUGCAGCAGGGUAGUGCUGCUUCACACCAUAUGAUGGCAGGUGGGCCAUAUUCCAGUCACCAGUUUCCCAGAGGACACUUUGCACAACAGCAUCCUCUUCCACAUUUGAUGGAGGCCUUACAGAGGCCCCAGCAACUGCCUUUCUCCCCAGGUCAAACUCGAAUGGCUAUGUACAGGCAUCCAGAUGUUUCUGGGCACUUCCAAGGAAUGGUGGUUCCACAAAGGACAAUGGUAGCAGAACACUUACUUCGCACUAGGCAGCAGAUGUUUGGUACAGCAUCUCCAAAUGGCCCAAGCAAUAAACAAGGAGUAUGAAGGUUUUGAUUUCACUUGGCAACUCAAGAAAUGUUUUCUAUGAUAGUAUAAAUGAAAUCCCGGAAUAUACAUGCAAAAAGAGAAUGGUGUAGAUAUUCUCCUUUUGAUAUGAUUGAAACUUAUAACCCCCAUUCACCUUUCAAAAAGUAGCUUGGACUAGGCACCAAUUUAAUGGGGGAAUGUAAUAUCUCUCUGUGCCAAUGAGGCGGACCAUUGACCAAGGAACAGCUGUGAAUCAGUGCUCAGAUACUGCUUAAACUCUUAAAUACUGGUGUUCAGCUUGUUUUCUUAGUUUGGAAUGGUUAUUUGCCCUUAUUCCCUGCAAAAUUACAUCUUCGGGGCAGGGAAGUCACGAAAGGAGUCAAGAAACUAUAUAUUGGUAAUGAGCAAUUACUAAUGAACUCUUUGUUGUACCUUUUAUUUUUUAAGUAAAACUCAGGUGUAGUAAAGAAGGUACUGAGACUACUUGAAUUGUUUCCAAAACUGUGGACAAAUCAGACUCAGUCGCCUUUAUGUACUUAUUGAAUGUUCUUGUUUCAUGUGUUUGUGAAUGACUUUAGAUAUAGUUAUAAUGCAACACAAGGAAUAAAAGAUGGAUUGUCUGCUUCACUGGAAGACAGCACACCUGGAGUGUUUUAAUGAGGUGAUGUUCACCUUAUCCAAAACACAAAAUCCACUUUAGUACUGGUGUUAUGCAUUCUUUUAAUGCCACUUCUACUUUAAAGAUUGUCUUUGAUUUUCAUAGACUGGCAAAAAACUCGGCUGCUCUAUUUGUUAUGCACUAGGAAUGGUCUUGAAUACUGGAAUUAGUGGCCUUGAACUAAAAUGAGACAUUUGCUUCUUUGUAUGGGACUAUAUUUGUCUAUGACUUUUCGCUUGUCUCUAUUACUCAGAUUUCUCAUUGUCCUUCAUUUAUGUAUCCUGCUGUUGUAUGCACAGAAUGAAACGGAGGUUUUAGAUACUGAUGUUGCUGUCAUUCUACACAGGCUACUGGUGAACACGACAUUUGAGUUUCCUUGAAGGCUGGUUUAUUGUUUCUCAUCCAAUAUCAUUUAUUAUUUGCCAUCACACAAAUGUCAUUCCUAAUCGUUUUUGUUUCACUUGCAAUCUAAAUUGAACAUUGUCACAAAAUGCAGCCAGCUAGUUGCUAACAAUGCAUUGGAUGACAAAGUGUAAAUCAGCCUUAAAGCGGACUUGUAAAAAAGUACACUUUGAAGUACCACUGUAGCUUAUUUAAACAAUUGUACUCAUUUUACAUGAAUGCUUCCUCUUUAAAUUCAAUGUACUAAAUAUGUCCUCAGGGUGUAGUGGUUUUAAUACGGGUAUUGUCAAAUGAAAUGUCUCUGGAACUGUGAUAACUAACCUCAGUUCAUCUGAACACAGUAAAUGAUCUUAGUUUUAUAUGUAUGUACUGGUUUUCAGUACAGAGGCAAGAAACAGAAAAAGUUGUGGUUAUUAGCAUUUUUACACUGUAAUUUGAUUUCAUACUUUUAAAGCGUGUUGGUUUGUUGAUUUUCAUAAUUCCUACUGUUGUUGUCCUGCACUAAAUUAAUUGUUUUUGUUUUGAAUAUUUUUCUCCAUUUGGUAUAUCUGGGUUAAUUUCAAAUUCUGUUAAUUUCUACAAAACAGUCCAAAAUAAAAUGCUUUUUAUGAAAGCAUCUGAAAUUAAUAUGUAAAGAAUCUACCUCAUAAUGUCAGAUUUGCCACAUUAUCCAUUCCUUUCUUAGAUGCACACACUGAGAUCAUUUUUUGUCAUGUUUGUUCUCUAAAAUAUACCCUUUAUUUUUUUCAUAGUGUCAACACUAUAAAAGCCUUAAAAUUCAACUGAUGAUCACUAUCAAAUUAUCAGUGCCAAGUUAGAACAAGUUAAACAUUUGCAUUCUAUUUAAAUGUCUCUGUGUUUUACAAACAUUCGGGAAAUGAAGGCGGCAUCCUACAGUAGAUAUCAAUGUGACCCUGUUCACAUUUUGUCCUAAUUUUGUAUGUAGGCAAUAAAGAAAUUGUACAUCUAUGAGAAAGGAUCUGACAAAAUGUUUAUGAUCUCUUAAAAUGUCUUGUCCAAGAAUCCUGUGUAACAUACUGUAUGUAUUUUAUGAAAUAGGAAUAUGAAAAUACAGCGGAGAUGAAAUGAAUGCUGUCCACCAGUUUUGUGUAAAUGUUUCUUAGCUCACCAGUAAUUAGUAUCACUUUGACAAUAGAAGAAAUUUCUGGUGGAGAUUUCAGAUUCACCUGUUCAAAUGUAAAGGGAUUAUAGUAGGUUACAAGAUUGUACAGAUGUGUCGUCUGUUUUUUUUUUUCAUUUGCUUGAUGGGUAACAACCGAUUUAUCUCUUGAAUCUCUGCUGUCAUCUAUUCUUUCUGCACUAGUUAAGUAACUAGCUGGCUAAAUGUGAAUCCUAUUUAUUUGCUCUUAUGUUUUGUAUAUUUUUGUCUUUUUUUAAUGUGUUUUCAGUUUUUUUUUUUUUACUUUACCUCGGUAGCAAAAUGGCACGCUAAAUGACACCUGUAACUUUCAUUUUUAUGCAAAGUUUACAUGUUCUUGCCUCGCAAAUUAUUUUGGAAAUGGGACUAAGUAUUUUCUCUACUGUACAUUUCUUAGAAUAAAAUAAGUUUGAUUAAA